ACAGUGACGUGAUGGUUUUCUUGGCUCUACGCUUGUUUUGGAAUUCUGAGUUAAUUUUUUUUUUUAUUUAGAAAGACAUUCGAAAGAUUCCACCCAUGUAGAGCGUCUAUGAAGCUUGUUGAAUGUAUCUUCCAGGGUCUUUGUACAAGUAAUAGGCCAUGUUUCUGCUUCAAUCAAAAGUUAAUACAGGAUUCAAAAAUCCACACCAGAAAAUAAAUCCUGCUGUUUAAUGGAAAAAUACAGAAGUAACAAAUCUAGUUCAGUUUUCUGUUCACACACAGUUUCAUUUAGGUGGAUGAUCACUGUUGGUGCUUGAGGUCUUUAAAUGUCUGUCACAUGAUAUCGACCUCUCUGGACUUUAUACGUCAUCAUAUCUACUGCAGAGAUGUGGAACGUCUCCAUAUUAAUGUGCCUUUGGAAAGGGAGAUCGUAAUCAAAAUCAUGUCUGAUGGUCAAAUCUCUAGAUAAUUUGUCCAUACACUUUAAUUCUGGGUCAAAAACGGAUGUAUAAGGACAUGUAUGGGCGUUCAGAAGAGGUCAACUUCCUGUGUUAACAGUUUGACACCCAUGGUGUGAGUUUUGGGUGUAUUGUUUUAUUCCAGGAAAUACUUUUAAUUCUCAUACACUGAAGAAGAGACGAAGAUGCUGCACUUGGUUCUGAUUCUGCUCGUGCUGUCUGGUGUUUUCACUAAGAACAGUGAAUGGGGUGUGAACUAUCCUGAUAAACUGAUCUGUGCUGUGAGAGGAUUCAGUGUCUCCAUUAAAUGUAGUUAUUAUUAUCCACAAGAUCGUCAGGUGAAACAAAAGCUUUGGUGCUCGAUGAACUCAAACAACAACCAAUGUUUAGAUCCACCGUAUGUUUAUGACAGCUCAUUAAACACCAUGUCAGACUUUAAGUUCACUGGAGACGACAAAUCAGACUGUACUUUAUUAAUCCACAAUGUACAGUUCAGUUAUUCUGGAGUUUACAAAUUCAGAUUUAUUACUGAUGUGACCGGUGGUAAAUGGACAGGAGAUCUUGGAGCGACUCUACAAGUUACAGAUUUAAAGGUGUCACUAAUCAGACUCAGUGGAAACGGAACCCUUAAACAAGGAGACUCCUUAAAUCUGAUGUGUGAUGUGAGCUGUACACACACUUCCUCACAGUUUGUGUGGUCUAAGAACAACCAGCGUUUAAAUACAUCAGGACCCGUUCUUCACUUUCCUGCUCUAACUGUGAGGGAUUCUGGGAAUUACACCUGCACUUGGGGAACCGGUGAGACGUCAGGAUCUGAAACCAUCAGCCUUCACGUGGAGGGUGUCUUCACUCAGAACAGUGACUGGGGUGUGAACUAUCCUGAUAAACUGAUCUGUGCUGUGAGAGGAUUCAGUGUCUCCAUUAAAUGUAGUUAUUAUUAUCCACAAGAUCGUCAGGUGAAACAAAAGCUUUGGUGCUCGAGGAACUCAAACACAGAUAAGUGUAAAAACCCACCGUAUGUUUAUAACAGCUCAUUAAACACCGAGUCAGACUUUGAGUUCACUGGAGACGACAAAUCAGACUGUACUUUAUUAAUCCACAAUGUACAGUUCAGUUAUUCUGGAGUUUACAGAUUCAGAUUUAUUACUAAUGUGACCGGUGGUAAAUGGACAGGUGAACCUGGAGCGACUCUACAAGUUACAGAAUUAAAGGUGUCACUAAUCAGACUCAGUGGAAACGGAACCCUUAAACAAGGAGACUCCUUAAAUCUGACGUGUGAUGUGAACUGCACACACACUUCCUCACAGUUUGUGUGGUCUAAGAACAACCAGCGUUUAAAUACAUCAGGACCCGUUCUUCACUUUCCUGCUCUAACCGUGAGGGAUUCUGGGAAUUACACCUGCACUUGGGGAACCGGUGAGACGUCAGGAUCUGAAACCAUCAGCCUUCACGUGGAGGAUGAUGACACUGAAAAUCCUGAACGUUGGUUGAUGUGGGUUAUUGUUUGUGUGACUGCCGGAGUGAUUGUCGUCAUCACAGGAGCUGUGAUUCACAAAAGGAGGAGUGUCCACACCGAGCAGAAGAAUGAGGACGAUUCUGCUACCCACACCAACGUCCAGAAGGAUGAGGACGAUUCUGAAAUCUACGCCAACGUCCAGAAGGAUGAGGACGAUUCUGCAAUCUACGCUAAUGUAUAAUACAGUGAGCUGAUCACAGUUUCACACCUAAUGCUCAGCUUAAAAACUUGUCAAUUUCCUCUUUAACUUAAAAUAUUACACACAAACAUUUCCUGUAUGUUGCAUCUGCGCUUCAUUUCAUGAUAGAUGGCUGUUUAUUGUGUUAACGUUUCUAGUUUCGAUAACUGCUUUAGCACUGAAAUGUUCAUGAAGUUUCUAGUUAAUAUAAAACUGAUUGAAACUUGAAACAACCUGCAACACAACCAACACACACUUAUCUGUACACUUGGCAUAUUGAGUAAAUACUUCCAGCUUCUGUGUUAAACCACAUCUUUUACACUUACAGAACAAUAAAAUUGUGUUUAAGUUCUAAA